ACUUCAAUAAAAGUCAAAAAGUGGACUCGUCGACGAUUUCAAUUUUUCACGAUACGAAAUCCUGAAAUAUAAUAUUAUUUUUAUACACUUUUGGACACCUCUUUGGGUGUAAAUUUUAAUUGAAGAUCCAUUUCUAUAUUGCAGUACUUUUGCGUAAAAGAAUGUCAAACAAAUGUGUUGAAUUUUCCAACCCCGACAAUUUGCCAGUGGAAAGUUUGACACUAUCGGUUACGAAUGCCGGCGUUGUACAGAAAAUCAAAGCGUUGGACCCACAUUGGGUGGAGAAGCGUGAGAUGACAAUAUAUGAGCGCCCACCAUCCGGUAGCACCAUAGUGCUGGGUGCGGUAGACACAUGGAAAGUCAGGAUGGAGGGUUUCCUUGAAGAUGUUAAAUGGUUAUUAAGUUUAGAACAUCAUAGGUUUUGGAGCACAAUCCUCUACCACCCUCAGUGCAUGGACUCCUUAGUGUCGUUCCUCCAAGAGGCAGUACCUCCGUACAUACCACCGCACGAGAGCAAGGAUGUUCAGAAGCUGUAUGAGGAGAUACGCAGAGCUGUGCUCGUUGUGUUCAGUAGGCUGGUUACUAAUAAGGAAAAUAAGUCACAAUGGAUGACCAAAGAAUAUAUGGGGGACAUAAUCUACAAUAAGUUUAUAUUCACCAUACCUAUAAUAUGGGACUUAUGUUUAACAUACGGGGUAGACAAUGGCCGACAUGUGGGGAGGGUGCUGGAGUGUGUGUUCGGGCUGCAGCCGAGGUAUGAGGGCGAUGCUGUGGCUGCGGUGGCGUUUGUUAAAGAGGCCUUCAAAUACAUAAUCCUACAAGUAAAUAAAGACUAUGAUAGCGAGGAACCGCCGAAUCUUCCAGAAACUUUCAAAGGUUUCUCUGAAAUCAGACGUCCGUCCAGUUCGAAGGGUACUGACAAACUGACCUUCGAAAUAUUAAGGGAUCUAGUGAUACAUCUAUUGGAUACCAGUAUGACUAUGAGGAUAUUUUUAGAAGUCUACCCUAAGAGUGUAACUAUAUUUAGGAAAACGAAUUUUGUUAUUAGUAUAGUCCAACUUUACGAAUACGGAAUACCUCUAUUAUAUGAAAAACUAGAAGAGACGGGUAAUCAGACCAGUGUGACGUUUACCGAAGUAGAGGGAUACAUCGACAUGGCUAGAGCGGAACUUAUCGAUAUAUUUAGAGAGGUACUAGCGGCGUAUAAGAGUGCUAUCUUUAGUGGGGAAGGCAGUAUAGCAAGCCACAUAGAAGACUACCUAGCGGUGAUGAUGGACGGGCUCUCGGAGAGGCUGCUCAUCAAGGACUACCACAGCUGCUACCCGGUCCAUGAUGACCUGGAGAUGCUGAAGCAGGCUUAUCCGGAAAUAGACACAGUAAAGACUGACUUCAUUCUCCAAGCAAUAUACUCUAACCUAGACGAGCCCGUGCCCGACCUAGCCCCGCCCCCCGGCCCCGCCCACCAGCAGCUGACCAAUGGGCACGCAGACCACGCCCCCGCGACCACAGACACGGAGAUACCCGACAAUGUUCGGGAAGAGUCGUUGAUUAGCGAAGUUAAAGAUAUUCUACCACAUUUAGGAGAUGGUUUCAUAUUGAAAUGCUUGCAACACUAUGGUUUUAAUGCGGAGAGGGUUAUUAAUAGUAUUUUAGAAGAUAAUUUGGCUCAGCCUUUGAGAGCACUCGACCAGUCCCUUCCAAUAAUCCCCGAAGAUCCUUUAGACUCCAAAUUCCUGGAGACCGGCAUCGCUCGCCUCAACGUCUUCGACGGCGAUCAGUUCGACAUCAUGACGCGAGACGACGUGGAUGUGUCCAAGAUCCAUGUGGGCAAGAAACGGUCCAAAUACAAGGAUCUGAAGGAUAUGCUCGAUGACAAGACUGAGGUUAAGCAGCGGGUUGAUAUUUAUAGCAAGUAUAACCUGGUCUGUGAUGAGGUGGAUAUGUAUUCUGACGAAUAUGACGACACGUACGACUCGGACGGCGUGACGCCCAGCGCCGACGCCGAUGACGCCCGGCGGCCAUUCGUCACGCCACGAGCACUGAGGCAGAUUGACAGAAAUGAUGCAGAGGAGGAAUCAGACGAUGAGCCGGAACCACAAGAAGACGAGAAGCCGUCCAGCAGUAAAUCUCGCAUGGACUUCUGCGUGAACCCUGAGGAGCUGCGAGCUCGGAGAGAGGCUAACUACCAGGCCAAGCGGGGCCGGGGGGCUGCACAUAGACCUGCACCUCUUCCUAGAAAUACGGAUGUAACAGGCAAGCCGAAAGGUCAAGGUCAGGACAAGGACGUUCUGCACAAUAGAGACAAGAAAGAAAAACACAAGUCGGCCCGCGCCAAUCACAACCGGAGGUCAGGAGCGCAGUGGAAACGCAGUCAGGGGAUGAUGCCGUCAUAAUAGAAUACCAUGUGUAGUGAGAGAUUUUUUAUUGAAUGCCAUCAUAAAGUUGAACAUCAUG